UCUGUCCAUCAUAAUGCAUCGCCAGACAUGGUGGAUAGGACACUUUGUACAUGAACGUUUUUGACUGUACGGGCUAAAUAAUAACCCUAAACAGGAGUUAAGGAUUCCACAUAUUAUUGCUAACAAUUUAUCGGUAUUUUUUAUUUUCUUGCCUGGUUUAGUUUUCAUUGUUCUUGUUUCACGUGUACGGGCAAUAAGAAUCCUGGUGUUUAUCGCACAGAUGUGGAUCUAGCUGCUCCGGACUUCAUCACCAGACCAUCAUCAUCAUCAUCACCAGAUUUUUUGGGGGGUGUUUGGAUAGCAGAGCAGACACCUGUUGGAUGAUUUGCACCCUGAGCAGACCAUGAUCUGACGGCCCUACCAGGAGGCCAUAGUCUGUCUUUCUUUCCUUCCUCCUUUCUUUCAUCAGUGGAGGAAGACGGGUGUGCCCAGCUGCCUUAGACAGGUGGCAUAAGGAGAGAGAGAGAGACUCUCUCACACACACACAUCUUCAUACACUAAGGCGACUAGUCGCUGUUUGUGGUCCUGUCAGUCUAAAUUUUGAUCAAACCACACCCCCAACCCUGCCCCCACCCCUGCUCGGCCAAUCACAGCAGCAAUGGGGAGAAAAAAGAUUCAGAUUCAGCGAAUUACAGAUGAGCGCAACAGACAGGUGACCUUCACCAAACGGAAGUUUGGUUUGAUGAAGAAAGCCUAUGAGCUGAGUGUGUUGUGUGACUGCGAGAUUGCCCUCAUUAUUUUCAAUCACUCAAACAAGCUCUUCCAGUAUGCCAGCACUGACAUGGACAAAGUGCUGCUCAAAUACACCGAGUACAAUGAGCCUCACGAAAGCAGGACCAAUGCCGACAUCAUUGAGGCUCUGAACAAGAAAGAGCACCGGGAUUCAGAGAGUCCGGACCCCGAGGAGCCGUUCUCCCUCACGCCUCGCACAGAGGAGAAGUACAAAAAGAUAGACGAAGAGUUUGAUAAAAUGAUGCAGAGCUAUAGACUUUCAUCCACAGUGCCGCCGCCCACUUUUUCCAUGCCAGUCACAGUUCCGGUUUCCAAUCAGAGCCCUCUGCCAUUCAGCAAUCCCAGCAGUCUCGUCACCACUUCCUUCGUCACCUCCACUCUCACAGACCCGCGACUGCUGUCGCCACAGCAACCGCAGCACCAGAGGAACACGGUGUCUCCAGGUCUGCCACAGAGACCUGCAAGUGCAGGUGCUCUGCUGGGAGGUGACCUCAACAAUUCAAACGGAGCGUGCCCGAGCCCUGUGGCCAAUGGUUACGUCAGUGCCAGGGCCUCCCCAGGACUCCUUUCCGUCUCCAACGGCAACAGCGUGGGGAAAGGGGUUCCGGCCAAGUCUGCCUCUCCGCCUAGCACUCAGAUGGUGAAUAGCCGUAGGCCGGACCUUCGGGUCAUCACCUCCCAGAGCAGCAAGGGCCUCAUGCAGCUGACAGAUGAAGAACUGGAGUUGGUGAGUGAGUGUGUGCCACAAUUACAACUCAUUCUGAAUGCUCAGCGGUUAUGCACUUCUCAAGUGACCCAGCCUCUUACCACACCGGUGGUUUCCGUGGCAACACCGAGCCUCCUGACUCCAUUCUCCAUGCCAACCGCCUACAACACAGACUACCAGCUAACAAGUGCAGAUCUCACAGCCCUCCAGGCCUUUACGCCGUCGGGUGCACUGUUGCCAGGCAACAUGACCACUUGGCAACAGCAGCAGCCAUCAGUAUCCCAGCAACAACAGCAGCAGCCAUCCGUAUCCCAGCAACAGCCUCAGCAGCAGCAGCAACAACAACAACAGCAGAUAACUCUGGCCUCCCUCAGUAACCUUGUCAUGUGGGGCUCAGACAAACAGAACGGAGAGAUGGCUCACUGCAUCUCUGGUCUGGCCGCUAAUCUCAGUGUGACCUCUCAGGGCAGCUUACUGUUGGGCAGGGAGGAAGGGAUCAGCUGGCCGGUAGGAACGAUCCCUCACGGAGCAAGUCUGACGGUAAACACAGACCCCCACGUCAGCAUCAAAUUGGAGCCGGUGUCUCCUAACCGGGAUCGCAGCACACCCAAUUCUACUGCCGGUGCGGUGGGGGGCCUCACCGUGACCCAAUACCCUGCGACGCUGCGUCUGGAGCCCACCGGGCGCUCUCCGGUGGACAGCAUCAGCAGCAACGGCAGCUCUUAUGAUGGCAGCGAUCGGGAUGAUGGCGGCCAGCCACGCCCUCCCGAUUUCAACUCGGGCGGUCUGGGUCUCCUCCGAGCCUCCGGAGAUCAGUCAGCCCAAUCGGAGCAGCAAGAGUCAGCCAACGUCAAACGCAUGAGACUAGAACCCUGGGUCACAUAAACACAGAGGGAGACAGAGAGAGAAAUUGACUGUCUCUCAAACACAUACACACACACAAACAAAAACACAACACACCCCUAGUGGUUCUCAAAUCUCAGUCCGCACUUAGACACAUGCAUGCGCCUGUAUUUCUCUCUGUCUCUCUCUCUCUCUCUUCCUGUCUUUCUCUCUGUCUCACUCUCAGACACACUCAUAUUUAUUGAUGUGUGUAGAUAUUUAUAUAAAAUAUGCAUAUGUGUUCACACACACACACACGCUAGAUCCUUAUACACAGAGUUGCCAAUUCAGGUGUAAACAUGUUCACGAGACUGAAGUAAAGGACCAGACAGAAGGGCUUCUGGUCAUGUCUAUGGUUUCUCCCCCUACCCAGUUCACAAUUAUGGCACAGGAUUUUAAAGGCCGUACUGCCAACCCACUUCAAUCUAUAAUGGUUUUCUCUGUGAUCAUGGUUUUGCAGCACGAAACCAUACAACAACUGCUUGUGGUUAUGUUGUAUGGGCGAGAGCCUGUCAAUCUGUUUUUCAGAUCUUGUUUUUUUAUUGAUUUGCUUUUGUUUUGUUCAUUUCUUUUUUUUGUAGAAAUUGCUGAUUUUUCUUUCUCUCUUUAGCAUUUCGUUUUGACGUUUUCAUCGCGCUCGAACAGCUGCCUUUAGAAUCGUUCAUUUUGUAACGAUGUUGAGUAUUUACUAAAUGCGCAAAAACUUGCGUAGUGUGUUUGUGUGUGUCAACUGUGAGACAGAGGUGAUCAUUCAUUUGAUCGCUUAACAGAACUCAAGUCAAACUUCACUCAUAUGUUUAUUUUAUAUCUUCUGUUAUAUCACACCGGUCCUCUCGGGCACACGCGCUCGCGUGCGUGUGUCUAUCAGCGGAGCUGAGGUUCAGAUGAGAACACCGCUCCAUGUCCUCGAUGUUUUGAUGAUGUGGCAUCACUGAUGGAAAUGUAGCUCUCGCUGCCGUGUUUGUUUUCAACGCGCAGUGUUUUAUGAGGCGUGUGGCCUUUUAUUAAUGAUGGUUUAUGAGAGCAGCGGUCUGGCACAUUAUGCUAUAUUUAUUGUUUGUCGGAGAAAAAUCUUUGCUGUUCAAAGAGGACAUAAAAUAUGUGGAUAAAGCCUGAGUUGUUUUGAACUCAGGGUGACGUGUUUUGAGGUAAUGUAUGUGUAUAUACAACAUUUCUCUCAGUGUUUCAGUAAAAGUUUAUGUAUAGCGAAAAGGUUGGUGUCAGACACGCAACCUAACAGAAGCAAGACACUUUUAAACCACAGCUGAUGGAGUCUGGUUGUGUAAGCCCUUGUAGCGCUGUGUGUGUAUAUGUGCGGGUGUGUGUGUGUGAUGAGAGAGUACUAGAGGAGGUGAGAUGUACAUAGCGAUGUAUGUUCACAUAUACUCUGCUGGAUUUUUCAGAAGCAGCGCUGUAAUCUCAGUGAAACCGUCUCUGUUAACCUCUACCUGUAAAUAAACUGUACCGCGUUGUAAGUUAGCAAGGUGGAGAGGCAGUAGAAGGGAGGAUUUGACUGUUUCUAGCGUGACUCUUUUCUGCAAUUUUUAUUCUGAUGGCGCGCACUUUAAAACGUUUCCCCCUCGUCCGCUCGCACACCGUCAAAACACACAAUUUUCCAGAGAGGAAUUUCAGGACUGCUCCUGGAUUAUUGACACAUCUCCUUCCUCAUGUUGUCAUUCACACUAUCAGUCCACUUUGAUUGGUUAUCCGCUUGUUUCCAUGGCCCCAUUCCCUGACACAAAAUUUCCUGAGAAAUUCCUAGUCAGCUUGGAAGGAUAUAGAAGCCUCCCUGACUUACAAGACGUUUAAUAGCAUUCAGGGAAGGAUGGUAGUUAAUUUUGUGAGAACAAUGGGGAUUAUAUUGCACUUCACGUGUUUAACCGUAGACAGUAAUGAAAUAAAAACGUCACGUUUUGUUAAAAAAAUUAUAAUAAUAAUGGAAUUGUUGUAUUGAAAUCUAGAUUAGGCUUUACAGGUGUUGCAAAUGUGACAAUUGUGUACACAAAUUGUUUUCUGUGUAUUCUUGAAGUGACUAAGAUGAAGGAUGUUUUUGUGGCAACUUUGGAAAUUAAAAUUAGGUAGCACAGUUGAAUUUUGUGAGGAAAGUCCACAGAAGUGAAAUGGGGUUCAAAUACGUUGUAUUUUCCUUUAAUCGCCCUAAAACUGACUUUAAAGUGUUUUGAAAUUACGUUGGUUUUUCAGCUGUAAUAAGUGAAUCUUUCUUCACACCAAAGUGAGACGUAACUUUCCGUCAUUGGCUUCUCUACCUCACCACCUCCUCUCCUUUCAUAAUUCAGUACAUUUCUCUCUCUUUCUCCUUUUUUCACUCCCUCACAGAGGAAGACAGAAGCCAUUUCAUUUCACCUAAACAGGUGACCCACAUUUAUUAUUUUAGGUUACACACACGCACACACAAACACACAGACAAUGGAUACAGUACCAAUAUGGAAGUCCGUAAGAGAGUUCGAGUCGGAGUGAGAACAUCCACCUUUAAUGGCUUCACUGAUGUUUGCUUUAGAUCUGGACACCACAGAACUUCGUAUUCACCUCCCUUGGAUGUAAUCUAGAACGCUGUCGAUACAGAGCAAGCCUGCGACGCGCCUCUUUUGAUUAAAAAGACUGUUGUGCCCUGAGCUUUUGAACAAAUGCAGUAAUUCAAAGUACGUUUAAGGAAGCAGCCUAAUACUUGAAGCUGUUGACUGUAAAGCAAUGCACCUGAGCCGGCGGGCGCUGAUAUGUUAGGCCAAGCCGGUGGAGUGCUGAGUUGAUUUAAGGCUAAGACGACGUUCGAAAGCUCUCACAAGGACCUCACACGAUAACAUUAGGAAUCGAAAUAAUCAAAGAAAAGACAAUCGUCCAGUGAAUUGUUAACUUUGGCCCCGUAUUCCCUUUGUAUGAUGUCUAGAAUCUCUCGCAUACUUUUUCUCGUGUUAAUUUGUGCUGGUGACAGUUUUAAUGUCUGUUUUUAUUCUAAUUAUUAUGAUAAUUAUCAUUACCAUAAUGGCUAUCAUCACAGAUGGUAAUUAUGAUAAGUUUAAAGAGACAGUUUUUAUUUUCUGCGGUUUUUGUGUAGGUUAGGCAUCCUGUUUUAAUUUUAUUUUAUUUUAUUAUGUAUGAAUAUUAUAUAAAUAUAUAUAUUAUAUUUUUGGUUUUCAUUCUUUUUUGUUUCAUUUUUCUUCAAAGGGGUGUUACUAAUAUUGCACGAUUUAUUAAGUAAAACGAAACAGUUGUAGUAAUAUUAGUACUUCUUGCUGAUUGAGGGAAGCGAUAAAGCAGGUUGGAUAGAAUGACCAGUUCUAUGCUGCAAUUUUUAGUCAAUUGUACAAUAGUAUCUACACAUAGUUAAGGUGGGACACCCACACGUUUAAUUUAUUCUGAUCAGACACAAUGCAUGGGCGUCAGACAAGCAAAGAAUGAGUCAAAUUAUAAAUGAACUGAAAUGUAAUUUCAAUAAGAAUAUACAACACAAAACUAGAAUAGAAAUUGAAGAAAAAAGUUUAAAAAAAGAAAAAUUAUAGCUAAUAUAUUGUGUUCGGCUAGUCUGCUUUGAGUUUUGUUGUAAAAAAAAAUAAAAAGACAAAAAAUUCAAAAAUAUUCUGUUGUUUUCGGAGAAUGAUAUACAAUUUGUGUAUAUUUUCAUAAACAAAGUAUGCACUGAUAUGUUAUUACAAAUUCUAUACUGCUUUUACAAAAGAGUGUUUGUUAUUGUACCAAAGUAUCCAUUGUCCUUUAUGACCCUCCCCUUUUGCGUAUGUUUUAUUGUAUUUUAUAUAUUAAAUAGACAAGUUGACCUACACAGAAGUACGAGUCUGUCUAU